AUGUUCGUCUCUGCGGAAGAACUCAGAGCCAAGUCCUACGAGGAACUUCAGGAGGAACUUGUUACCUUAGAAAGGGCCUACAUGGCUAUGCGCCAACAGGAACAUUCAAAAACAGCCGAAAGAGAGGAAAUUAGAGAAGCAAAGAAGAAUGUUGCAAGAUGCAAGGCUGUGAUGAGAGAGAAGAAGCUUAGAGAGCUUGUAGAUCAAUACAAAGGGCAGACAAAUCUGCCAAAGCAGCUAAAGCCAAAGCUUACCAAAGCAUUGAGGAUGCGGCUUACACCAGCUCAGAAGAAUAGGAAGACAAGAAGCCAGAAGAUUCAUGCCAGGAAGUAUCCCCAAAGGAUAUUUUCAUUUAACAAUUAA